AUGAUUGUCACUUCAUCCCCUCGUAUUGUUCGUACAAAGCACUCUGUCGACAUAGUGGUGAACAGCGGGCAAACUUGGAAGGGCAACCUGACCUUACUAUCGCCCCGCUACUGCAACAUGUCAUUGUACCCUAUCAAAGACGAUAUCGACGAAGAACCGGAAGACACCCAAAGCACAACUACUUCUCGCAGCGAUUCAGCAUCAGACGUUGUGUACAGUGAUAAGGAUCGAGGUCUCUUCAGCUUGUACCAAGUAGGCGACGGCAGUGCAGAAGAUCUCGAUGGCAUUCCUACACGAUAUCUUACCAUGGCCCAACAGGACCGUCAUCUGGCAUUGAAGGCCGUGCAAAAGACGGUGGAGUGGCGUCGAGAUCAGGGCAUCAACGACCUCCUCAACGAGCCUCAUGUCAACUACGAUGUUUGCAAGCAAGUCGUGCCCCACGUUUUCAUUGGCCGGGACGUGGAGAGCCAUGUCGUGUACGUACAGCAACCGGCACGCUUCAAUGACGAACAGAUGCAACGGAAUGGGCUCGAGUAUCAUGACAUGCUUCGUCAUGCCAUUUACGUCCAAGAGUACCUCUGGCAGAUCAUCGAGGCUGAGAAUCCCCGUGCCACCAUUACGAGCAUUAUCGAUGUGGCCGACUUGCGUUUCCACCAACUCGGUCAAAAGGACCAGGUCAGCUUUUUGAAGGAAAUGGCCACGACAUUUGAUGCUCACUUUCCCAUGCGAGCGCACAAGACGAUCAUCGUGAAUGCUCCCAAGUGGUUCUAUUUGCUCUAUCGGAUGCUCAAGCCCUUGUUGCGAGAGAGCACCACUGCCAUGGUUGAGAUCUGUACCAAGGGCAAGAAGCAAGACGCCGCUCUCCGGGCGCAUUUGGGAGAGGAAACGAGUCGAUCCUUGCCCGACUUUUGUUGGAGUGAACAAGCCAUCAAGGAGCAAACAAGAAAGACGCAUCCCGGUAGCGCCGCCCAGUCUAUGCCACGGAUGGAGCAGGAACUAAGGGAGCAUGUCAUGAAACACAUCAAGUCCAACGGUUUGACUAUGAAGCCUGUCUUGCCAUGA